UCCGGCACCAGCUUCAGACUGCACAGAUCACGGUGCGAUAUGACUGGCACUUGUCAGGCAGACAUAGGAGGCGGAGCGACUGCAAACCGCACUAAGAGACUAAAAGUCAGUGUAGACCCCGCGUAGCACGCAGGGACGCUGAGACAGUUGAUCAGUGAAGACUAGAGAGCCGACUGAUGGACGAGCCCAAACAAGCAGACCUGGAGGACGCCGGGCUGGACGAUCCCCUCCGGCCCCCAGAGUUACCCGUGAAACGACGCAGGAGCCUAUAUUCUCAAAGCUCCAUUUCUGACCUGGAUUCAGAAUGGGACCCCAACAGUAUUUUCACGCUCCAGAAUGAGACACCCACCCUUCUGCAAGAUUCUUCUGCACCGACCGACUGCCAGGCGGCCCAGUGCCCCAUACACCAUCGCCAUGGCAGAUUCCUGUCGGAAAAGUCGCCACCCCCGCUACCAAAAAAGCGACUCAUCAGAACCUACUCCCUACCAGGAGGGAGUCUGUCGCCCCGCUGCUCUUACCGGUUAAAAGGCCAAAAUUAUGACAACCCCAUUUACAUGAUCAGACCUAUGAAAAAUCUGCAGAUAGACACAGAGCCGGAUGACAAUCUACCAGCCGAGGGCCCGGCCCAGUUAAACCUGAACACGCUAGACUUCAAUACCCCAGACAAUCAGCUGUCCAACCUUUUCAAGAACUUCAAGAACCAGGAAGAGAUCUUUCUCCAUAUCCAGCAAUGUCACCUGCUGUUUCUGAAGAGUGUGGUCCAGCAACUGGAGACAUUGUACCUUAAAGGGGAGUCCAACCAAGGGGUGGAGUCCCUGCAGCCCGGAGACUUCAUGCUGAGUGGGGGGCACGCUCCCAGGAGUAUUGGUGGCACCAUCUUCUACCCCGUUGUUUGCCCCAAACUGCCAGCACGUGUGUUUGCAGCCAAGGUUUUCAAGUCCAGCACGGAGACUUCCAGACUGUCUCGUCCAGCAACGCUGCCGCCCCAUGUCAACAUCGAGAAGGUCUUUGUGUAUUUUGAACAAUGCCUGACAUCGGCUAGAGAGCAGAAGCUGAAAUGUAUCAGACAAGAAGGCCAGGGGAAUGAACAGGAAGACAUUACCACCAAAGGUGUCCGCUUAUCUGAUGAGCCGUCCUCAGUGUUUUUGUCUGAGAGCAGCACAGAACUAGAUAGGAAUCUACCGGAGUGUCCUAAUGGUGAAACUCGCACGGUUCUUUCGCUCUUGUCAGAGGGCUGCGACAUAGCUGUCGUCAAAGAGGUGCCUUGGGGGACCUUGGAGGAGUUUGUGCAGGAUGGAGCGUCGCUCUACCGCGCUCGACCUGAAGCAUACGAGAGGCGGCUGGGCCUGCUCCUGCUUCAGGUGACCCAGGGCUUGCAGCAUCUGCGCAGCCAUAGUGCCAUGUGCACACGGCUGCACCCGCGGAGCAUCCUGCUUGUGUGGCCAGAGGCCGAGGGCGGAAGGAUGGGUGACGGGGGGCGUGAAGAAGGCAGGGAUCUGAGGGAAUCCAUAGAAAUUGCGUGGGGGAAAUGGGGAGCCCCGCGAAUCGUACUCGCCGAUUCCCGUUUGCUGCCCGAGGCCGACGACGCCCAGGACCCAGAGGAGCUACAGCUUGCCAGUCUUCUGAAGCACUGCUUGCCCAUUCCAGAAAACCCCUCUGCCGAAGACGCAAGGGGAGCCCCUCGGGAAACACCCGGGUCUCCCUAUACCCCCGGCUUGCUCCAGCUGGCCACCUCGCUCCAGGAAGGCAAGCUGCAAAUAUCUGACGCCAUCGGAGUCUUACAGGUCCUGCUCUGGGGCCCUAGGCUCCUCCAGCAGAACCCGGCAGAGCAGCUGCUGAUUGAGAACUGGCUGUCAGUGAAGCGCUCACUACUGGUGCUGAAGCUGGCCGAGAGGGGCGUCUCCGUGGACCAGCGCACGCUGCAAUGGGAGGACUACUUAUGUCUACAGUACCACAGCCUCACUUCCCCAGACACUAUACUAAAAAGCACGGAGGUCCUGGGACACGGAAGCUUCGCACACUAAUGCUAAAUUACUCUGCAGGAGGAACUUAAAGCGCAUAAGUCUUUGCUGCUCAGGCAUAUGUCAGGAGCUGGGCACCUGCUGCAAAAUGAAACCCUGACUUGCAGAUAUUCUAGGCUAUGCUGAGAACCCACAGAAACACAGCAAACAAUGUAGCACACGUCAGCAUGUAUAACAAUAGCUAUAAUAGCAAUGUCACACCCAAUAUAAUGAUCCUAUAAAGAUUUGAUCAGCUCUUUAUUUAGAGCUUCUUACUAAUUUUCUUGUCAGAAGACAUACAGUAGUCCUGAAAUGGAUUUAGUCACUGGCUGGACCACGCCUGGUACAGCAUGUCAAGCUGUAAUGAAAUGGUGAAAAAGUUGUAUAUCAUCUGCUAAGAAACUCAAAAGAUUAAAACUAAAGUGCAUGUUAUUCAAUAAAAUUAAGAUUAGCAUCCCUCAGAAGCAUUAUUUAUAUGUAAACAUUUUGCUGCACUUUGUAUUAAAAAUCAUAUUAAAAUACGGAUGCAAAGUA